AUGUGUUUCACUAUGAAUGUUUCCUUGUUGCUGCUGCUGCCUGGCUUCCAGCUGCUCCUGAUUUUCAGUGUGGGAGCAAAGAAACAAGAAGGAAUGGUUUCACCUGAGGACCACGGCGCUCGCCUUCGAGGCCUGUGGAAGCUGCACAUCAGGGACACCUUGCUGAAAGGAAAAGGUUCUACGCCUCAUCCAAUGAGAGAAGGCAUGAAGCAGUUGCUCUACUGCCGUGUUGGGAUUGGCUACCAUCUCCAGAUUCUGCCCAGCGGCUCUGUAGGAGGCGUCCACAAACCCACUGAGCAUUGUUGGCUGAAGGUGUUUGCUAUGAAACAUGGAGUGGUGGGAAUCAGAGGAGUGAAGAGUGGCUUGUACCUCUGUAUGAGUGGAGAAGGGCUGGCGUAUGGAGCGGAGAAGUUUUCUGACGACUGCUUGUUGAAGGAGAACCUGGAGGAGAAUCACUACACCACCUACUCCUCUCUGUCUCACCCAGGCGUCUAUCUGGCUCUGUCCCACAAGGGAGUGCUCAGGAAGGGCAACAGUGUGGGCCGCCAUCAGUCCUGCACCCACUUUCUACCUCGGAGGACACCAUGAUCAGGGUCUACUACCAGCCAGUUUAUUCACAAUUGGGGCCAAAUUAUGAGCAACAACAAAUUGGCCUCAACAUAACAACUGGGCCUAAAACUGUAACAUGGAACAACUAAAACUAGGACCAGAUCCAAGAGACACAAUUGGUGUGAAUGUUUGGAGCGUUACUUACUGUAAGUAAGAACAGUGAACUGAGCUCAUCACACUCAUCCUGUAACUA